AUGUUACACAAUUGGUUGACUGACGUUCCCAGUAACCUCAAGGAGGGUAUUGACUGGUUGAUAGCGCUGAGGGGAACUGAUGCGGAAAAGAACUUGGGUGCUAUGGGUAAAGCGCUUUACGGUUUGCUCGCAGACAAGCCUGUUGGCUUUACGGAGGUGCCAGCUCUCGAGGAAGUGAAACGUAUUUCUAAGGAGUUUCUGGAGCAAAAGGAGCUUAAGUGCCAGCCAUUCGUUGAAGACCUGCUGAAAAGAUACACGACACCCUUGAGAAAACUUCUCAAAAGGCUCCCUGCGAUCACUGAUAGUGUCGAGGAAAGCGAUUAUAAAAACGUCGUGGAGACCCGGGGUAUCAAACCUAAAGACAUCGCAAAGUACAUAAGUGAAAUUGUGCAUAAUUGUGAGAACUUAUUGAAUGACAUAACAAAGCCUCACCGGUAUGCGACUGCUUACAGUCCAGAAGCGACUUGGGAUUCAUCAUGUGCCAAAGACCCGGAAGCUUGCGCAGUGAUCCUCGUGGGUAUUGCACCAAUGCUAUACACAGGCCUACGUUCUUUGCAGGUUGCGAGCGCAGACGCGCUUGAAGACGAGCCGUAUUCCAAGGCCAAGGAGCGUGUGGAAGAGGUAUUGAAAGCUGUGGGUUACAAAGAGACGGAAUGCCGCGCUAGCAUGAGUGGUUCAGAUAUCCGCAAGGCGUUGGGUGGUAUAAAUGAUCGAGUGUUGCAAAUAAUCCAUGACAUCGCUGGAUUUUGGGCAUCCUAA